AUGCAUUCCGUGUUCACCAUCCUGCUCCUGCUGCUGUUUGCCGUGGCGAUUACGGUAGUCGAGAGCCGCGUCCGUCAAGUCGAUAUGUGUGACGGACAAAAAUGCGAAUGGUGGCAAUUUUGCUGUGCGACGCUGCAAGAGUGCGAAAGGCUGAAGACCCUGGGUCGCGAUCCGCCAUUCAUAAUGUGCACGAUUUUCUAUACGUUGCUCCUGCUCUUAUUCGCGGUUACGGUAGCUGAGAGUGAAAAUCUAUGCGCUGGGGCCAUCUGCAGCGAAUAUAUGAACCAUCUUAAUGCGAUUCGGCCCUAUAAAAGCGAUCAGACUGUCGUGGCUCCCUAUUCAAAAAUGGCCCUAGUUUAUCACCUUCUACUGCUGCUGGUUGUUGUGCCUGCGGUAACGCUGGACUGGUGCCUUGACGAUAGCCAGUGCCCCGGUGUGGAUGGCUACUGUUUCAUUAACCGGUGCUCAGUGAAGGUCAACGGAGUUGCGACCGAUCGCCUUUGCGCAGGCGGACGGCUGGAGUGUGGUGAUGGGGAAUUCUGCUGUAAACUUCCGCACGUGGCGGACGGCGGCUACUGCGCAAAAGUCGUGGAUGGCGGUUGCCCUUCGCAAGGCCAACGUUGCCUUGUUAUAACCAUGAGUUGUGUUGGCUAUAUUCUGCUCCUUAUCUUCUCCAUCGGAGCCGUUACGGUAGAGGCGUUUUGCCUGGCGAAUGGAGAGUGCCCGCCGGGGCAUGACUGCGUUGAUUUGCAUUGUGUGAAACAGGAACGGUGCCACGAUCGACACGAUUGCCCUGAUUUUCAUGUAUGUCUGUUCAACCGCUGUGUGCUGCCGCGCCCUCGUUGUGGUGUGGUGAGGUGCAGCCAGGGAGAACACUGCUGCCAUCACCCUCAACAUCCAGAAAUCGCGUAUUGCACGCCGAAUGGUGAGAUUUGCGAU